CAGGUCACAAAAUUGUGCUACCUAUGCAUUCCUUUGCACAACUGAGAGAUCUCCAUUUUGACCCUUCCAAUGCCGUGGUCCACGUCGGUGGCAUUUUGUCUGUUGAGAUAACUGUGUGCAGUCAGAUGCCUGUGCCUGUUCACGUGGAGCAGAUUGCUGUCAACGUCCACUUCAGCAUCGAGAAAAACAGUUACCGGAAGACGGCUGAGUGGCUUACCAAGCACAAGACAUCCAAUGGGAUUAUUAACUUCCCAACUGAACCCUCAUCUUUCCCUGCAUCCCAGAACAGCUUACCUGCACUGGAGUUGUAUGAGAUGUUUGAGAGAAGCCCUUCUGAUAAUUCCUUGAACACAACAGGGAUUAUUUGCAGAAAUGUUCACAUGCUUCUGAGAAGGCAGGAGAGCAGCUCUUCUCUAGAGACACCCUCAGGGGUGGCCCUGGAAGAAGGGGCCCACAUGCUAAGGUGUAGCAACGUGACUCUGGAACCAGGGCCCAACAAGAUAACGUUCAGGACUCAGGCCAGGGAGCCGGGGACGUACACGCUCAGGCAGCUGUGUGCCUCCGUGGGCCCCGUGUGCUUUGUCCUUCCUCACAUCUACCCGGUCGUGCAGUACGACGUGUACUCUCAGGAGCCCCAGCUGCACGUGGAGCCUCUGGCCGAUAGCCUUUUGGCAGGUAUUCCUCAGAAGGUCAAGUUCACUGUCACUACUGGCCAUUAUACAAUAAAAAAUGGGGACAGCCUCCAACUGAGCAACGCGGAAGCCAUGCUCAUUCUGUGUCAGGCAGAGAACAGAGCCGUGAUCUAUUCUAACACAAGAGAACAGUCUUCCAACGCAUUUCUCCGAAUUCAGUCCUCCGACAAGGUCACAAGCAUCAGUCUGCCCGUGGUGCCUGCAUAUCACAUGAUUGAAUUUGAACUGGAAGUUCUCUCUUCACCUUCAGCCCCAGCACCCAGAGGGGAGAGUGACCUUCUGGGGAUGCUGGAACCCCAUUGGAAGCAUAAGGACAAGCAGAAGACUGGCCCCUUCAUGGUCACCACAGACCACAAAAUGUCCAUUGACUGCCCGUGGUCCAUCUACUCCACCGUCAUCGCUCUGACCUUCAGCGUGCCCUUCAGGACCACGCACUCCCUGCUGUCCUCUGGAACACGGAAAUAUGUUCAAGUUUGUGUCCAGAAUUUGUCAGAACUUGACUUUCAGCUGUCAGAUAGUAACCUUGUCGAUACUGGGGAUGGCACCGACCUGCAGCUAAUACCACUGAACACGCAAUCCCAGCAGCGUAUCUACAGCAAGCAGUCAGUGUUCUUUGUGUGGGAGUUGAAGUGGACGCAGGAGCCCCCACCUUCUCUGCAUUGCUGGUUCUCCGUGGGAUUCUCCCCAGCUUCUGAAGAACGGCUGUCUGUCUCCUUAAAGCCAUAUACUUAUGAAUUUCGAGUGGAAAAUUUUUUUACCUUGUAUACCGUGAAGGCUGAGAUACUCCCCCCUCCGGGGACGGAAUACUGCAGGACAGGCUCGCUCUGCUCCUUGGAGGUGUCGAUCACGCGGCUCUCGGACCUCUUGGAGGUGGAUAAGGACGACGCGCUGACAGAAUCUGAAGACUAUUUCUCGACAAAGCUGAUGUAUGAAGUUGUCGACAAUAGUAGCAACUGGGCCGUGUGCGGGAAAAGUUGUGGUGUCAUCUCCAUGCCAGUGGCUGCUCAGGCCACCCACAGAGUCCACAUGGAAGUGAUGCCUCUGUUUGCGGGGUACCUCCCGCUGCCCGAUGUCAGGCUGUUUAAGUACCUCCCCCACCACUCUGCACACUCCUCUCAGCUGGAUGCCGACAGCUGGAUAGAAAACGACAGCCUGUCGGUGGACAAGCACGGGGACGACCAGCUGGACAGCAGCAGCGUCAAGAGCAGGGGCAGCGCGCACUCGGCCUCCAGCAGCGAACACAAAGGCCUGCCCAUGCCCCGCUUGCAGGCGCUGCCGGCCGGCCAGGUCUUCAACUCGAGCUCUGGCACGCAGGUCCUCGUCAUCCCCAGCCAAGACGACCACGUCCUAGAAGUCAGUGUCACAUGACAGCGCACGGGGGAGCAGACACCACUGCCCGGCUGGGAGUGGGCUCUGAGGACGGUGCCUGGAUUCUCCUCUCUCAGGCUCUAGCCAGACUCCCCGUGAUCCUGCCGGGCCGCGAGGCCUCAGAGAAUGUCAUUGCACAGCUGCUCAGCUGAGUUCUCGUUACCUUCGUGUUGUCCGUGAUAUACGAUGACUUACUGUCUCACCCCAUCCCCGUGCUGGUGUCCUGCAGUGUUUGCUCAGAGUCCCAGCUCCCUGCUCCUCACUCACUGCUCAUAAAAGAUUUUUAUCCGUGGUCUCUCCACUGAGCAGCCUUCCGCCUGCUGGCUCUUUCCGGAAGCCUCUGUCUUUCAGGUAGACACUCAGCAGGCCUUGCGGUCUUCUUAGAGACACGUGUGUGCCUUUCUGGUCACACGGCUGCCCAAUUUCUGGACCAGGGUGGAUUUGUGCGUCUCCUAAGGGAUAAAACACAAUCCUUUACCCCAGAUAAUCUAGUUGUGCUUUUCUAGAAUAACACCCUUUG